GCGCAGAGCGAAGUAGAACAUGAUGCGUGUUGUUCGAUCAGUCUUUGUUGACUUGUGUCAGAAUUCCAGGGAUAUGUAAGUGGAAGAGAAAUCCUGUUAAUUGGUGUGUGUCGUAACACAUCUGGCAGGUUCGUCCGUUACAACAAGCAAAUGGACACUGCUAGUGUGGAAAUGAGAAUCAGGCUGCAGCACAGAAUAGAAUCUCCGUUGGUAGUGUUGGUUGUGCUAGUGGUCUACCUGACUGGACUCGGAAAAUGCCUCAUUGAUAUUGCAGAAGUUACGGAGACUGUAGUUGGUUUGGAAGGUAGCCAAGUCCUUUUGCCUUGUGACAUCACACCACCUUCACUAGAUGAUGCAGUUGCUCUAGUACUUUGGUAUAAAGACGAGAUGACAACUCCAUUCUAUAGUUUAGAUGCUCGACGUGGAAGUUUAAGUCAAGCACGACACGCUGCUAGUGAAGAAGUGGGUAGGAGAUCUUAUCUAAUAAUAACCAACAACCCAGCAAUCUUACAGCUUGACAACCUUUCUUCUGUUGACGAAGGAGAGUAUCGUUGUAGAGUGGAUUUUAAAAAGGCCAGAUCGAGAAAUUCAGUGGUUAUACUCGAAGUAGUUGUACCACCUAAAAAACCAAUUAUUAUGGAUAAAAAUGGUGAAAUUCUUCAUCAAGUAAGCGGGCCGCACAAUAUUGGUGACACACUUACACUUAUUUGUGAAGUCGAAGGAGGUAAACCAUUACCCGCUGUCACUUGGUGGAAAGAUACGGUUUUGUUAGAUGACACGUUUAAAGUCACCCCUCAUGGAGUGAUAAGAAACGAACUCGAAAUUAACACUUUACGACGGAAUGACUUAAUGACUGUCAUCACUUGCCAUGCCCAGAAUAAUAAUAUAUCUCUUCCCAUUACGUCUUCCAUCACUAUUGAUAUGAACUUGCCUCCACUCGAGGUACAAAUAGAAGGCAAACAUCUACCGUUGUCAGCACAGAAAACUGUGGAUUUAAUGUGCCGUGCUGGAGGUUCUCGUCCUCCUGCUGUCAUCACUUGGUUGAAAGGGAGUACAAAGAUGAAACGAACUAGAGAAAAAAUCUCGGAUGAAGGAAACAUUACGAGCAGCAUACUGACUUUUGUGCCAACGAUCGAGGAUACUGGAAAAUAUAUCUCCUGUCGGGCUGAAAACCCGAUACUGCCAGGCAAUGCGAUAGAAGAUGAUUGGAAACUGGAGAUAAACUUUGUUCCACAACUUACUCUGAGGUUGGGAAGUAAAUUACGUCAUUCGCAUAUACAAGAAGGAAACGAUGUGUAUUUGGAAUGUGAUAUUCAAGCUAAUCCGUGGGUAACUGAUAUAGGAUGGAGGUUCGAAGGUCGCGAAUUGCACACUAAUACAACUGCUGGAAUUAUCGUUAGCAAUCAGAGUUUAGUUCUACAAAAAGUACAAAGAUCGACAAGAGGAAGAUAUACGUGUACAGCAACAAAUAUUGAAGGAAAAGGCGAAAGCAAUUCACUUUAUCUGAGAGUACAAUACUCUCCGGUAUGCAAAUCAGAUCAGAAAUGGUUGUAUGGCGUUGCUAGGCAUGAGGCUGUAAAUGUUACAUGCGAGAUAGAUGCAGAUCCGUUAAAAGUAACAUUUUAUUGGAAAUUCAACAAUUCCGCUGAGAGUUUGGAUAUUUCAACAUUCAGCAGUGAUAACAACCUUAGUACAGCAACAUAUUUACCACGUACAGAAUACGAUUAUGGAACAUUACUCUGCUGGGGUAAAAAUAAUGUUGGAUUACAGAAAGAACCAUGUAUAUUCACCAUUAUUCCAGCAGGACCACCUGAUCCUCUACAGAACUGCACAGUCAGCAACCAAACGGAAGAAUCUCUAGUGGUGAGAUGUGUUGAAGGGUACGAUGGUGGAUUGAUUCAACACUUUGUUAUGGAAAUAUACGAUAGUUCGGUUCAGAGAAUCGAAGGAAAUAUGACGUCUGAUAUUCCUGUGUUUGUUGCACGGCAUCUGCCUUCAUCCACCAGCCUUGUAGUCAUUGUAUAUGCAGUGAAUAUGAAAGGUAGAAGUCAGGGUAUUGUAGUGAAAACUAGUACCCUUUCUCCUCCUGAAAGCCUAACGCAAAAGGAUGAAGAUUGGCAAGUGAACUUCAGUCCGGUUUUGAUUGUUCUAGUUUCUGUGAUAGUGGGUCUAGUUUUAAUUGCUGUCAUCAUUGUACUUGUAAUGAAGGCCAAAGCAGCUAAAGAAUGCGAAGAUCAUCAAAAGCAUGGUGUAGACAAGUCUACAACACCCUUGAGACAAGAUACAGAUGACCGAAGAGACCUUACAGUCAUGGUUGCUGAAGCAGAGGGGAAGUGCCCAGAUAUUAUACCAGCUAUACGCAGUAUAAAGUAACUCUAUCUACACUGCAUAAUGACUACUUACAUUGUUGUAUAGCUAACAAUAGGGUGUUGAAUUGUAUGUAAAAUUGAAUAUAACAGCAUAAUUGCUUAAUUAUGUACUUUAUAAUGUUAAAAAGUUGUAUAUAUAAUAGAUGAUGAAGAUAAUGGAUCUAAUAUAGGUUAAUAUUAUGCAUUCCCUAUUAAGGGUAUUUCAAUAAUGAUCAGAAAUUAGCGAUAUACUAUGUAAA